AUGGGUGGAACUCAAUUUUCAAAGAUAACGCACAAUAAAAAACGUUCCUUAUCUGAAUCAAGAAACAAGCACGAGAAAUCAUCGUCUUCGACGACACUGCACACAAAAUCCAGUUCCAAUCAUUCAAACAAUUUGUUACUUGAAACACCUAAUUCCUCCACUAAUAAUCUUUUGGCAUCAUUAACAACUCCACAACCCCCAACAUUCGAAGAAAUCGAUCGUCUCCAACAACUUCAUUAUACAUGGCGUUGGCUCUGGGAAACGAAUUAUUCUUCACCCGUAAAGAAACUUCUGCAGCGCAGACAUAAUGUACGAGUACUGGAUGUUGGAUGUGGUCCGGGUGUUUGGACACUGGAAAUGGCUUCCGAAUAUCCAAACGUCGAAUUCUAUGGCGUGGAUACUUUUGAAUCGUUCCCGACUGAAAUUAAACCGUCAAAUGUUUUCUUUUAUAAAGCGUCAGUUCUUGUUGGUCUUCCCUUCGAUUCAGAAUUCUUUGACUUUAUCGUGGUCAGAAAUUCGAAUUCGGUUUUUACGGUGCAAGAAUGGUCGGAAAAUGUGUUUAAAGAAUUGACGCGAGUCUUGAAGCCAAGUGGAAUGAUUGAAAGCCAAGAAAGCGUAUGGAAUGUAAAUACGAUGGGUCCUUCUUUCCAAUUAUUGGCAAAUACUUAUAAUUGCAUGCUUGAAUCGAAAAACAUCGACCUGACAAUCGCGAAACGUAUACCAGAAUUCAUGAAAAACACUAAAUGCUUAAUAAACGUAGCCGAACUCAAAAAAGCUCAUCCACUUUCAUUAGAAGAAGGUGGAAAGCUCGCUGAAUCAUUCCAACAAAUCGCACAUAGCGGAUUUAAAGUAUUAAAACCACAAUUGCUUCCACAAUUGCGCACAAGCGCGAAAUCCUACGACAAUCUUGUCGCGAAUAUUCAAUACGAAUUCGCCCAUUCCGAAGUUGUUCUUUAUCGAACAUUCGCGCAAAAAGUGUCGUCUGAAUAA